AUGGAGAAUCGCAGCUUGGAGCUGGCACUGAGGGAUGUCUACCCAGCCUGUAGCAGGUUGCGGCGCUCUGCCUUGGAAAACUCUGGGAAGAGUGGGCAGGACUGCCCAGAUCUGGUGGUUAGUCAGGCAGAAGGCCAGUAUGUUCUCUGCAGGUGGACGGAUGGACUCUAUUAUCUGGGGAAGAUAAAAAGGGUCAGCAGUUCAAAGCAGAGUUGUCUUGUGACAUUUGAAGAUAACUCUAAGUACUGGGUCCUUUGGAAAGACAUUCAACAUGCUGGCGUACCUGGAGAGGAACCUAAGUGUAAUGUUUGUAGCGGGAAGAGCUCUGCGGCCCACAAUCAGAUCCUCAUCUGUGGAAAGUGCGGACUUGGGUACCACCAAAAGUGCCACAUACCUGAUGUGGAGAAUGAGGAGCACAGUGUUCUAGAGCCUUGGUUCUGCAGGCGCUGCAUCUUCGUGCUGGCUGUCCGGAAAGGAGGCGCUCUGAAGAAAGGCCCCAUUGCCAAGGCAUUGCAGGCUGUGAAGUUGUUGCUCACAUACAAUCCAGAGGAGCUGGACUGGGAUUCUCCACACCGAACCAAUCAGCAGCAGUGUUAUUGUUACUGCGGAGGGCCCGGAGAGUGGUACCUGAAGAUGAUCCAGUGUUACCGAUGUCGGCAGUGGUUCCAUGAAGCAUGUAUCCAGUGUCUGAACGAGCCCAUGCUGUUUGGUGACAGAUUUUUUAUAUUUUUUUGUUCCGUUUGCAAUCAAGGUAUGGAGUUUAUAAAGCGGCUUCCUCUGAGAUGGGUAGACAUUGUGCAUCUCACCCUUUACAAUCUGGGGGUGCUGAGUAAGAAGAAAUACUUUGAUUUUGAGGAGGUCAUUAACUUUGUGAAUGAGAAGUGGGACCAUCUGCAGCUUGGAAAGCUCUCUGUUACUCCACCUGAAGACCGAGGACAACACCUCCUGGAGGCAUUAAACAGCUAUAAAAGCCGGUUUCUCUGUGGCAAAGAGAUCAAGAGAAAAAAGUGCAUCUUCAGACUGAGAAUCAGAGUGCCACCUAGCCCGCCUGGUAAACUUCUGCCAGAUAAACUUCUGGGCCAGGCAGACAAUAGACCUGGAGGUGAAGUUAAAAAGAAGGGAAGGAGCAAUUGCAGCCUGCUGCCUCAUGACUGCCAGCAACAGAAGAGGAGAGGCAUUCGCCAGAAGCAAUCUCGGUUCCUCCUUGAGGACGCCAUCCCCAGUAGUGAUUUCACCUCAGCAUGGAGCACCAACCACCACCUUGCCAGCAUCUUUGAUUUCACACUGGAUGAGAUUCAAAGCCUGAAAAGUGCAAGUUCUGGCCAAAAUUUCACCUCUGAUUUAGACUCAAAUGAUGGGACCAGCACAUCUGGCUCUGCCUCCACCUGCCUAUCAUACGAGUCACGUGGAAACAUUGGAAGCCGCAAGCGGAAGCUGGCCUCUAAGACUUACACUGCUUUUGAAUCAAAGAGGAGGACCCUGGACCACUCAGACAGACAGAACAGCUGUGCUGCAGAAUCCAUGGAGUACACCCGAUUGUCUGACUUUCAAGAUCAUGCCGCUGACAGUCACGCCUUCGAGAGCCUCAGUGAGGAUGACUCUUCAAUGCCACACCUCAAACACUCCAUCACAACUUAUUUUGGUGCUGCAGGAAGGUUGGCUUGUGGGGAGAAAUACCAAGUAUUGGCACGGAGGAUCACCCCUGAAGGAAAAGUCCAGUACUUGGUAGAGUGGGAUGGAACCACCCCGUACUGA